GUUAUAUUCAGUAAACCAAGAAAAGAAGAAGACAGUCAACUUGAAACUUAGGCAUUUUAUUCUCAUUUCUCCACGGGUUUAAUUAAAUUAAAUUAAUUUAAAUUAAUUUGUAUUUCAUAGUCCUGUCUUUAUCAGCACUAUCUUCCCCAACAAAUUAAAUAAUCUUUAUCAGCAUUUUUUGCAAUUAAAUAAUAAUAUUUUUUUAAUAUUGUCUCAACAAACAUAAUCUCUUCUUCUCCUGCCUACCAAAUCAUUAAAUCGAAUAUCUUUAGAUUAAAUUAAGAAGACGAAAAUACCAAUUUUCUGAUCAAAUUCUUCUGUAUCUAAAAAAUCAUUCUGAAUUUUCGGCUAUGAGUUUAUCAACCCUUAAUCCCACUCUCUCUACCCCGGAUUUGAAUCCCACGCGCUCGGAUUCCUGUGUAGAGAUCUCAAUUUUGGGAAUCUGUUACUGUUAUGUGUAGAUCAAAAAUGGCGAUUAAAGCUUCGGAACCCGCCGGAAAAAGUAAUCCCUCACGAACUCCGGUGAGAUCUUCGUCCAAGUCAUCGGGGAGAGGGAAACCCCCUUCUUCAUCUUCGUCGUCUUCUAACAACCCUAGAUCUACCCUCUCCAACCAAUUCAACGGCGGCUCCUCCUCCUCCUCCGCCACCGCCUCCGCCUCCGCCGCCGCGUCAUCCUCGUCGUACCGACUCGACAGCUCCGUCGCCACCACAUCGGCCUCCGGCCGCACCUCCCUGUCCAAUUUACGCGAUAACCUACCCGAGAGCACCCAGAUUUACGAUUUCUCCGAAAUACGCGCCGCCACCAACAACUUCCUGAGAAAGCGGCACUCCUCCACCUCCUCCUCCUCCCAGUCGUGGCGGUGCGUCCUACGCGGGAAGGACGCCAUCGUUUUCCAGCGGAAGCUGAGGAAAUCGAUGGAGAAAUCGGACGUCCGGCGGAAACUCGCCGUGAUCAGCAAGAGCCACUACACGAGCAUAGCGAAGCUCCUCGGAGCGUCGAUCUCCGGCGAGCACAUCUACCUCGUCUACGAGUUCGCGAACGGGUCGGACCUUGGUUCGUGCCUGCGGAGCAAGAUCAACCCGGAUUUCACGGUGCUCUCCACGUGGAUGUCGCGCGUGCAGAUCGCGACCGACGUGGCGCACGGCCUCGACUACAUCCACAGCACCGCCGGCCUGAGCAUCGACAUGGUCCACAAGCACGUCAAGAGCAGCGCCGUCAUCGUCUCCGAACCCUCCUUCAACGCCAAGAUCUGCCACUUCGGCGCCGCGGAGCUCUGCGGCGAGACGGCGGCGGACAACGACGGAAAGCAGCUUCCCGCGGCGGCUGCGGCGGGGGAGCGGCAGUUCGAGGGAGUCAGGGGGUACAUGUCGCCGGAGUUCAAGGCCACCGGGGUGGCGACUCAGAAAUCCGACGUGUACGCCUUCGGCGUCGUGAUUCUCGAACUCAUCACCGGAAUGGAGCCGUUGAGGUACAAAUUCGACCGGAGCAGCGGGAGCCACAGCUUGAUUUCGGUAAUUGAAACGGCGAGGCAGGCGGUGGAGGACGGCGGCGAGGGGACGGUGGAAGGAAGGUUGAGGAGGUGGGUGGAUAAAAGGCUGAGGGAUUCGUUCCCGGUGGAAGCAGCGGAGAAACUCACACGUGUGGCGUUGCAAUGCGUGCAGGAGGAUCCGGAUAAGCGACCCGAAAUGAAAUGGGUCGCGGGUAAGAUAUCUAACAUUUAUUUAGCCUCUAAAAAUUGGUCGGACCGGGUUAAGGUUCCUAUAGGAAUUUCGGUCUCUUUGGCCCCUAGGUAGGUAGCUCUUUCAAUUGUUAUUUAAUUUUUUUUAUUAUAAUGAUGGCAUAAUUAUUUUAUAUUUUU